AUGAAAAGAAAAAAAACAAUGGAAUUAAAAAAAUCAUUUGGAGAACCAUUGGAUCCUUUUGAAUACCUUUUUUCUGAAGAUCUGAUUCAAAAUGAGUUUUUACAAAAAAAAAUCAAAGACUCUUUAUCAGAAAAAUCAGAAAACGAAGAAAAUAGCUUAACAGACAAUUCAAAUUCAGAAGAGAGUGAACCUGAAUGGGAAGACUUUGACCUUUAUUUUCAAAAUAUGUUAACAGAAACAAAAAAUUCAGAAAAAAAAUAUGAUUUUGAAACAACAAUUGAACGAAAAAUUGAGAUUAAUAAUAAACGGAAAAGACAUGGAAUUACAAAAAACGAUAGAAAACUUCGUCUUGAAAUUCAUAAAUUACACUUACUCUGUUUAAUUUCACAUAGUUCACUAAGAAAUAGCUUUUGCAGGGAUAAAAGAAUACACGUUAGGCUUAAAUCAAUCUUACCAAAUGAAAUUCAACAAUUGUUUAAUCCUGACAAGCGAAUUUCACAAUAUCGAAAAUCUAAAAUGUUUAUGAGUGCUCUUAAAGCUACAGUGAGUAUAUGGAAAAGAAAAUUUAAAAAAAAUAAGUAUGGAAUGUCAAAACCUUUCUGGACAAAUUCACAACUAAAUAAUGAAUGUGUUGAAAAACAAUAUGAUAAUAUAUUCUGUUUUAAAGAUUUUUUAAAAGCAGCAGAACAAUUACAAGGAUCUCGAGAUCUUGGUGCUCAGUUAUUCGUGGCACUUUUGGAUAGUAAUAAUGUUAAUGUACGAUUGACAGUACUUUUACAACCACUGUCAUAUAAAUUUGAUAAAUCGAGUUCUUUGUAUAGCUCAACAUCAAAUAUUUCUAAUAAAAACAAUGAUACUACUGAAUUUAGAGAUAAUUAUAUAAAUGAAAAUACAUUUAAAAAUUUAGAUACCACAAAUAAUUUUAAAAAAAAGGCUAAGAUAGAACAAAUUAAAACAUCUGAGUGUCCAAAAUUUGGUCUUUUGUCUACAAAUAAUAGUUUUUCAGAUUUAUUAUAUGAUAACAGAAACGAUAUAAAGGAAUCAUUACAUCCUAUUUAUUGGGCAGAGGCUCUUAAUCCAUCUACACAAAAAUGGAUAUUUGUUGAUCCAAUGGUUUCAUAUUUAGUAGGAAAACCAAGUAAGAUGGAGUCACUUAUUUCCAAAUCUAAAAAUUCAUUAAGUUAUAUUAUGUCAUUUGAUAAAAAUGGAUAUGUAAAAGAUGUAACUCGCCGUUAUACAAAACAUUUCAACAGCAAAAUUAAAAAACAACGUAUAGACUCAGUUGAUGAAGGUGAAAAAUGGUGGAAAAAUGUUUUAAAUUUUUAUAGAUUAAAUUAUAUUUCACAACCUUUUGAUAUAAUUGAAGAUGAAGAGUUUUUGGAACGCCAGGCUUAUGAAAAAAUACCCAAAAAUAUUAAAGAUCUUAAAGAUCAUCCACUAUUUAUCAUAGAAAGACAUCUUAAACGUGAACAAAUUAUUUCUUCUAAAAAGCCUUGCUCAUAUAUAACUAUAAAAGUAAAUGAAAAUCAGAUAAAAGAACCAAUAUUUUAUCGAAAAGAUAUUGUUACUGUUUUAUCAGCUGGUAAAUGGUAUCAACGUGGAAGAAAAAUAAAGUUUGGAGAACAACCAAUGAAAAUUGUCCCCAAAUACAAAGAAUUUGCAUUUCAAAACGAAUCAGAGACUAAUAUUAGACAUAAUACUAUUGGCCUUUAUUCAGAACUACAAACUGAAUUAUAUAUUCCCCCGCCUGUUGUAAAUGGGAAGGUUCCAAAAAAUUCAUAUGGUAAUCUUGAUAUUUUUGUAUCAUCAAUGAUUCCUAAAGGCGCAAUACAUUUACCAUUCCCCGGUAUAUCUCAAGCUGCAAAAAUUUUAGGAGUAGACUAUGCAGACACAGUAGUUGGAUUCAAAUUUGAAAAAAAACGCCCUCUUCCUAUUAUCAGAGGCAUUGUUAUUGCUCAAGAAUUUGAAGAAGCAGUUUGCUUAACAUUCAAAAUUAUGGAAGAAGAAAAAAGUGAAAAAAUUUCACAAAAAAUGAAAGAAAUCAUAUUAAUAAGAUGGAAACGUUUUUACAAAAAACUUUGUAUUUAUGAAAGGCAAUCUAUAUUUUUUCAAAAAAGGCAGUUACUAAUGAUUACUAUAGGCUUAAAAAGUAUGAUGUAG